ACCGUACUGAAGAAAGCUGCCUGGAGGACGCCACGUGUGUGUGUGUGAGUGUGUGCUUAUGUAUGUUGAGACAGGCAAAGGAAGAUUCCAGGGAUAUUUGUGAGACUGACAGAGGACGAAAGUACAUCAUGGAUCCCUCAAGUCCCUCAGAGGGCCCCGUGGAACCCAAAGAAAGGAGGAAAAUCCAGUUCGCCGUCCCACCAACAGAACCAACUCAGCUGGACCCUCGGCAGGUUGAGAUGAUUCGACGACGAAGACCCACACCUGCCACUUUGUUCAGAGUAGCAGACCAAACAUCUCCUGAGGAUGACAUCUCCACCCAUCAGUGGGUUGUAGGAGAAAAUGGUGUCCUCAAGCCAAAACGAAUCAAUCCAAAUAUCUACCAGCCCCCAUCAUUAAAAGCCGUGCAGCAGAUGGCUGAAGCUCAAAUGCAGAAAUUAGGUGUGUAUCCUCAUGUAGAAGAGGAAGGGGAGGAGCCUAUUCAGAGAGGGGGGGAGGAGCUUCCCUCAUCCUGCACACCUGAUUCACAGGUGCAAAGGGGUAUGGCAGAACACCAGCCCGGCAUGAGAAAGGCAGGAGCCACGGCACCAACCGAUGAAGAAGAGGAGGAGGAGGAGGAGGAAGUAGAAGCAGAAACUAUGGCAGAGGAUGAGUGCAGAAAUGUGGACUGACAAAGUUUGAGGAACUUUAGAGAUUUUUUCAAAAUGCAGAACCUGGUUUGGAGAUCAGAAUUACUGUUUAUUGUUAACUGUCUGUCCAUAAUUCCAUCACUUGAUAAAAACGGCUGUCUUUAGUAAUCAGAGACAAAAAGAGACUUAAAAUAAACUCUGAAAGACUGGAAUUUUAAAGUGGUCCAAAGAUGAAUUCACCCCGACAUUGCCACGAAAUAGAUAUACAUAAAGUUAAAUCCAUCAGCAGUAAUCUAAUAUCAUCCCUGCAUACAAUCGAACAACAAAAAGAUAAAGUACAAAUGUUUAGUUCUAUGAGCAGCGCAGUAUGAAUGUAAAGUGUUGAGAAAUGUUUCUGUUGUGUGUGUGUGUGUGUGUGUGUUUUAAGUUGCAGUGUGUUCUGCGAUCAGUGUGUUUCUUUGGGCCUACACUGCCAUCUGGAGUACAGAGAAUUAUUAUACUGAUUCCCAUGAAAUCAUUUGCCAAAAACAAUAAUCCCAGAGCACAUGGAAAGGCUCAAUAUCUAAGUAUUUAGCAGCAUUAAUAUUUGUUAAACCAUCUGCAACAUCCUAGCAUUUGGUCUGCACUUCGAACUGGAGAGAAUUUAGCAGAAACAACAAAAAAAAAUUUUUAGAAUUACAGAUAUAAUUAUAUUUGAAUAUUUAUACAUGAAAAAAGAAAUAAUUACAAAUAUCUAAAUUCACCGUUGAUAGGUGUUGGCAAAAAGUACUUCUAAAAAAACAAUAUUAUUAUAUCAGUUAUAUCGGUAUUCCAAUAAAGGCGGUUUUGUUUUUACAUGGAGUGGACCGUGUUGAUAUCACAAAAACUAUUUUGCUUUAUCUCACUGUUUUGGGAGAUCAUGCAACUAAUCGUGGCUGACUGUGAAUAACACAUUCCUGCAGUGUUGACUUUGUGAUACAUUUGUGGUUUGUCAAUGACAUUGUGAUCAAAGCUGCUAUAAACAUCUUUUUUUUUUGCAUACAGAAUAGAAUUUGCAUCUCUUGAUAUGACUGUAUUUGGUUACAGAUAACUAAAAAACCUCCAAAUUCAGUGCCUCGGGGUGAAAGUUCAGCGCUCAUGUACAUCAGAAAGACAUUAAUGAUUUCAGCCGAUCACUGUAGUUAACAACUUGCAUUAAUAUUAGCUGGGUAACUUAUUACUUCUCCUAGGUUUUAAGUCUCUUCUUUAGCAAAAAUCUUUUAAGGGAAAAAUUUUGAACUAUUUUUUAAAAAUGAUUGAGGAUGGUUUAAAAUGAAAAGCCAACAGCCACGUGUUGCUUUUUUAAAGAAAUCGUACUGCUUUAUAUUGAAAAUAAUCAAAUUUGUAUGCAUAUAUAUUUCUCCAGAGCUCGUGCAGGUACGUGUUGUUGAUUUUGAUUUAUGUGCAUUAGAAAAUCGGAGAAAAAGAACUAUGGAAGUGUUUUAGGUUAAAGUCUCUGUAUCAAUAAACAUAUUUGCACUGAA